GGAACUCUGACCCACGGAUGUCCGCCGGCGGUGACGAGUGCCGAGGAAACCCGUAUGUGACGUCAUGCCCGGGAUUUUCUGUCGGUCGUGUUUUCAGAUAUACGACAUGGUGUAACUAACCACUUGAGGUCAGAAGCAGCGAGCACGCAGACGAGUGCACUGCAGUCCUACGCACCUCGCCCGAGCCGUGACGCGCAGCGCCCGGGCGCCCGGAACAGCUCUUCAUCUGGGGGACCGCGUGCCUGGCGGAGCCUGAACUAGCCGGCGUUGGCUUCUACCCGUAGAAUUUCUUAAGUUUUUAUACACGUCUGAUAGUGUCAUAUAAUCCCGCGGUCUUCAGUCGUUCGAGGACACCGCUGCUGCCGCGGACGGCGCUCUCCAGCGCGGCGGCCUGUAGUUCCCGGCGCACCUGAGCGCCGCACGCGAAGGUCCUCCCAAGGUCAGAGCGGGCGGACGGGUGGCGCUCCGGGCCGGCUCUCACCUGUGUGCGGCCGGGCAGCAGCCAGUGGGCCGCCGUCGGGCGCCGAGAGACCGUGUGCUGGUGACGGUGACGGGUUGCGACCAGACGCUCCAUAUGGACGCCGAGACGACCACAGAGGCGGCGACCGGCGCGGCCCGCGCGGCCGGCCUGCACUGGGCCGACUGGGUCGUGGUGGUCAUCUACUUCGGCCUGGUACUGGCUGUCGGUCUACUGAGUUCGCGUUUUUCGAAGAAGGAUAAUCUGAGCGGCUACUUCCUGGCUUCUCGAAGCAUGCACUGGAUUCCGGUGGGGGCGUCACUGUUCGCCAGCAAUAUCGGCAGCGGCCACUUUAUCGGACUGGCCGGCACCGGAGCGGCCUCCGGCAUCGCCGUGGCCGGCUUCGAGCUCAAUGCCGUGUUCGUUCUGAUGAUCCUGGGCUGGGUGUUUGUGCCCGUGUACACGGCGGCCGGCGUGUACACAAUGCCCGAGUACCUCCGACUGCGAUUCGGCGGCCAACGCAUCAGAGUCUACCUCUCUGUGCUCGCCAUCCUACUCUACAUCUUCACCAAGGUCUCGGCGGACCUGUACGCGGGCGCGCUGUUCCUGACGCGCGCCAUGCAGUGGGAGGGCGAGCUGGGCCUCUACCUGGCCAUCAUCGUCCUCCUGCUGAUCGCUGCCGUGUUCACCAUCUUCGGCGGACUGACGGCCGUCAUCUGGACGGACGCCGUGCAGACCGUGCUCAUGAUCGCCGGCUCCCUGGUCCUCUGCAUCAUGUCAUUCAUCGCGGUUGGCGGCUACGACGAGCUGAUCACGCAGUACUUUGAGAAGAUGCCCAGUCCGAACGUCACCGCCUACGACAGCGCCAACCAAUCGUGCAGCGCGCCGCGCGCCGACGCCAUGCAUAUGUUUCGGGCGGCCGAGGCCGGCAAGUCGGACCUGCCCUGGACGGGCAUGACGUUCGGCCUGACCAUCUCGGCCAUCUGGUACUGGUGCUCCGACCAGGUGAUCGUGCAGCGCACGCUCGCCUCCAAGAACAUGGUGCACGCCAAGGGCGGCGUGGUGCUGGCGGCCGCCCUCAAGUUCCUGCCGCUGUUCCUGCUCAUCUUCCCGGGCAUGGCGGCGCGCGUGCUGUACACAGACACGGUGGCCUGCUCCGACCCGGCCGCCUGCAAGCGGUUCUGCAACUCCGAGUCCGGCUGCAGCAACCUGGCCUACAUCGAGCUCGUGCUCAACCUCCUGCCCAAAGGUGUGGCCGGUCUGAUGCUGGCCGUGAUGCUGGCGGCGCUGAUGUCCUCGCUGACGUCCAUCUUCAACUCGGCCUCCACCCUGUUCACCAUCGACAUCUACACGCGAGUGAGGCGCAACGCCUCGGAGAUGGAGCAGGUCAUCGCUGGCAGGGUGUUUGUAGUGUUCAUGGUGGCCGUGUCGAUCGUCUGGAUCCCCAUCAUCAACUCGUCGUCGUCCAGCCAGCUGUUCGUCUACAUCCAGAGCAUCACCUCGUACCUGGCGCCGCCCAUCUGUGCCAUCUACCUGCUGGCCGUCUUCUGGCCGAGAACCAACGAACAGGGCGCCUUCUGGGGCAUCAUGAUCGGAUUGGUGGUGGGCAUGAUUCGAUUCUGCGUCGAGUUCUCCUACACAGUACCGCCCUGCGGCUCAGAUGAGGAGGACCUGCGGCCGGACUGGAUCAAGGCGGUCAUCUUCGACGUGCACUUCCUACAUUUCGGCUGCAUCCUCUUCCUCAUCGUGCUGAUCUCUGUGAUCGUCAUAUCGCUGCUCACCGAGCCCAUCCCGGAGGAGUGCCUGCACCGUCUGACGUUCUGGAGCCGCCACAGCACAGAGCCCAGGAAGCCGCUGCCCUCCACACUCCUGGAGAUGGAGAAAAAUCCCAUCCGAGAAGAGCCGGCGGCCGCUGGCGAUGCCGAGCCGCCGUCCAGGGCGCGGCGCCUCUUUAACCAGCUGUGCGGCGUGGAGGAGCGAACCGGCGAGGCCGCCGUCAACCCGCGCGACCGGCUGACCGAGGAGCAGCGAGCAGAGGAGGACGCCGCCUCGCUCUACGAGGACCCCAAGCAGAGAGUGAUUGUGAACGUGUCGGCCAUCGUGUCCAUGGUCGUGGCCAUCGGCAUGUACGUCUACUACCGGUGAACGGUGUCGCUCGGUCUCCGGCGUCACCGGUCUGCCGACCGGAGGCCACGGCGCGCGGCGGACGGCGCAUCGGCCCGUAGGGGUCCCGCGGCCACAACACCUGCCACAUUCAGGGGCGCAACACGCGCGGCGGCCGGCAGUGAAAGUAUGCCACUAUGGUCAGUAAGGCUGGCCUCGGCGUACCCAAACCUAUCUCAGCUGUACCAUGGAACCAUCCGUCCCAUUUUACAAUGCGUAGGUAACUGGCGAUGUAACCGCACCGGACGUAUAUUCAAAUGAAUACUUGGUGCAUAGCACGACCAUGUAAACGCGUGGUUACUGAUCAAUCGACGUAGGUCAAGCCAACAGGCAUAAUAGCGGAUAUCUUCUAUGAACUUUUUAUAGUUACCCUUGAUGUAAUGUCUCGUAGACAUCAUAGCUAUUUUUACCUCAGAGGAUCACCGAUUUAUGUGUACUGUAGUUAAUUGCGAACGACAUACUACAUUUUGCUCGUGUGUGAGCCCAAUAUAAGUCCGCAAAUACCAAUAGCUACGUAUCUCCAUAACAUAGACUGUGUCGCUGUCACUGGCACCCGGCGUCACCAAUCACCAUAUGAUACAGCGUAGCGCAGUUCAUUAUGUCCAUUUUUACUCACUUGGAGCAUCGAUAUCAUGUGGCUUUCGAAUACACGUAUUUCGUUCA